CGCUCAGUUUCAGUCAGCGAGUGGGGCACUAAGGAAGAUGUCAGCGAUCGCCAUACGCGCCAUGAAAAUGGAAGACUUUGACGAGGUCGAGUCUUUUCUCGCAGUGCAUUUCUUCAAGCACGAGCCGCUGAUGCUGAUCCCCCAGCCGGAUGCGUCGCAGAGCCAAGUGGUGCCGGAGGAGGCCGAGCUGCACCGCUCGCUCAUUCACCAGAACCUCUCCUUGGUGGCCGUCGACGGCGAGCGCAUCGUGGGCGUGGCCCUGGCCGGGGACCUGGUUCCCGGGGAUCUGGAGAGGGAGUUCCAGGAGGCCGAGCAGAAGGAGGUCAAGUGCCUGCUGGACAAGAUCCACAAGUUCCUGGCAGGGAUCGAGAGGCAGGCAGAUAUCUUCGCCCACUUCGGCGUGGACCGGGCCCUCUACCUCUACAUGCUCGGCGUGGACAGCUCGGUUCGACGCCAGCGGCUGGGCUCCCGCCUGGUGGCUGCCACCAUCGAGCUGGGCCGCCAGCGGGGAUUCCCCGUGGUGACCUCUACCUGCACCAACCUCUUCUCCCUCCGCCUCAUGACCGGCCUCUGCAUGGAGUGUGUUCUCUCAAAGGACUACGCGGACUACAAGGACGAGCGCGGGGAGAUCCUCCUUCCGGCGAUUAGUCCCCACACCUCGGCCAGUGUCGUGGGCAUCCAGCUGUAGCUGCAAAAAGGGAACUCACCAAAGAAGAGCAUAGCUAAGUAAACGCCCUUAUUGGAAUAAAGCAAAGAUAGAGGAUGGGAUGUGGUGGGUCUUACGUAUACGGGAUCGAUCUGUUGAAAUUGUUAAUCAGCGCCAAAAAGAGCUUCGUUUAUCUAAAAAGGUUCACAGCCAUUUGGCAAUCAGUUUAUAAUUAAGCAAAGAACAAGAAAGCAAGUUUACUUCGACAAACCAAAGUUAUAUAUGUACCUUUGCAGCUAUAAAAAGACUACUUUUUGAGAUAUGUACAUGCAAGUUGUUAUUCCAGUCGUUCCCAAAGCAGCAGUUCGAUUUUUAUAAAAUUUAAGCUCGUAUUUCAAGCAGAACUGAAAAUACAAAAUUAAAAAGACAAGUAAACAGGUGAAAAACUUUAUGUACACCUUAAAACAGAAUUUUCUAAAUCAGGUCCAGUGUAAAUAAUAUUUUAAAAUAUUUAUUAAACCAAAAAUGUUCAUUUAUUAA